AUGGAUAUUGUUAGGCGAUAUAAAAAUAGCAACUCAACACUGACUCUAUCAGAGAAAACGGCUGCACUCAAGGAAGAUUAUGUUGCUAUGCUGAAAACUGAAGGACUAUUCAGAUGGUCUACAUAUUACAAAACUGAUGAGCCCGAUCACUGGAAAUGGACAUUUGGAAGCAGUUUCUUCUAUUCAAUGAAUGUUUACACAACAGUUGGUUAUGGUGUGUUCUACACAACUUGGUGGUGA